ACCAUGUCGAGUUGAAGGGGUACGUAUUCAUCUAUUGCUUCUGUGUAACCUUUCAGGGAUUCAUGAAGUACCGUCUAUAUCAGCCUGUUGCAAGGGAUGAAGUCUCGUCCUUCGCUGUGCAGCGUCAAUCACCGUCCAGUCAACGUCGACAGCAACUGCCUAGUAAGCGCCGCCAUGUUUGUUGUCGUCGAGCAUGACGAGCCAUAUACCGCCCCUCAUGGCACCUGCCUCCGUCCACUUCCUGUUCUCGAGUUCACUGCAUGUGUCCCUUCUCGGAGUCUCAUAUCCGAUAUCUGUGAAAGACCAAGAUGUUUCAAACAUGGCUGCCCUCUCGCGCCGAGUUCCACUCCCAGCUCGAACGGGAUGACCCGGAGCAGUGUCCGAUAUGUAUGGAGGAUCUCAAGAACACCUUCCACACCCCCUGCGGCCACGUCCUCUGUCGAGACUGUGCUCGUGAGUGGUUUAAGCAAUCCCAUUCUUGUCCGACAUGCCGUCAAUCGGUCUACGGCAGCACCGAGGGAUCCGAGACGAGCCUGCCUCCACCACCAGGCUAUCGCCGCAUGAGACGUCGGGGGCUUGACCCGAGUGCGGAUGAAGCCCUGAGAGCGCGUACGAAUGGAGUCUUGAUCGCAAGGGAUCAUCAAAUCGCCCAAGAGCUGCUCCGCCAGGAAUUGCAGAUCGAUGAAGUCCUGCCGCGUUUGAUUGAAUAUGCUGAGGAUCAGGAGAGACUUCAGUAUCUGGAAUAUAUGAGGCGUCACGGUCGACGAAAUGUCAGUCCCAGUCAAGGUGAGAACGGAACCCUAUCGCCACUCGCAGACCUUGUCAGCCGCAGAGAUCGAUUCUUGCCAGCGUCCAGCCAACCACAUCUCCACCAAUGGCUAGCGGACCAACCUCCAGCAGAAGCACAAGAGCCCGUGCCCGAUAGUUACCGACCAGUGUCAUUCCUAGAACGACGACGACGGCAAGAGAUCAGCGAAACAUUACCAGGAGGCAGUCGGGCUUCGGGCAUGAGUCCCACAGGAGGCAGUACAAGGCCACUCAGCCGAAGGGAGACAUUUCCCGACCAUCGCCGAGGACGUCAAACCGCCCACGACGACAACGACGACAUCCGCCCACGAGACCGACGGCCCACGCAACACCAUCCCGAGGAACUAAAUCUCCCAGCACGACCGACACGCACCCCAUCCGGCCGCCGACCCACCAACACCCAGCAAACCCCCUCCGCCGCCCUCCGGCGCUCCCGAGACCAACGUUCCAGUUCCGGAGGAGACAUCCAUAUGUCGCUCCUCAGCGACGACGACGAAUUUCCCUCCCGGCUGGCCUUCGGCGGGAUGGAACCCUCCACCCUCCAAAUCCUCUCCCCGGACCGUCGCCGACGGUCCUCCACCAACACCGGAAGAACGUCGUCCCCGCUGUCGACGUUCAGACCUCGCGUGGCAUUCACCCAUCAACAUCUCCACAACCAUCAGCACCAGCACCACCAGCGUGAUCGAGGAGGCGGAGGCGGAGGCGGGAGUAGGUCAUCCGGGCCGAUCAACCCUCUCACCACUUCUGCUUCGGCGGCGGCGGCGCAGUCGAGGGAUUAUCACCGUCUUGGGCAAGGCGGUGGAGGACUCGCGUUGUCACGGAGUCGGGACGGGGCGGCGGGGGCGGGGGCAGGGGGAGGAGAUCACCGUCGACGAUGCAGCAUCGCGGCAGUCGGCGGAUGGACUAUUUCUUCGGGCCGCCGAGAUGAGAUGGGACGGAAUGGAAUGGAACGGAGUGCCUUGUCGAAUCGAAGGAGGGGAGAGUUUUGUGGGCGAGGGAAGAAGUUUCGUGAGAACGGUAUGUUGAGAAGCUAUUGGCCUUGGUCAGGAGGUCGUCCGCCUCAUUGGGCUCGGUAAGGUGGACUGGAUUGAAGGGAGGAGCCGAUGUCCUUUUCCGUUGUCAGAGAUGAGUGUGGAUGGUUCGAGGUGGCGCUGUGCGCCUGGACAAGUAGUCUAAGCCCUGGAGUGAAUGGA